AUGAAUUUUACAAUUAAUUGUCUCAAAUUAAUAAAACUACUUUCUGUUAUAAUAUUAUUUUUACCAACAAAAUGUUAUUCAUUAAAUGAAACCUUAAUUAGAGAAGCUAAAAAAGAAACUGAUGAACAAAAAUUAUUAUAUUAUUUAUUAUAUAAUUAUGAAAAAUCUGUUAGACCGGUGAAGAAUGCCUCUAAUCCUAUUGUUGUUAGACUAGGCUUAACAUUAACAAAUAUUUUUGAAAUGGAUGAAAAAAAUCAAGUAUUAACGAUAAAUGUAUGGUUAGAUCAAGAAUGGACAGAUGAAUUAUUAACAUGGAAUCCAAAAGAUUUUGGUGGUAUAACAUCAAUAAGAAUUCCUUGUGAUUUAGUUUGGUUACCAGAUAUUGUAUUAUAUAAUAAUGCUGAUGAUUAUACUGCUGGUUAUAUGAGAGCCAGAAUUAUGCUUCAAUAUGAUGGUAAAGUUUUUUGGCCACCACCUACACAAUUAAGAAGUACAUGUAGAAUAGAUGUUAGAUGGUUUCCUUUUGAUACACAAUAUUGUUCCUUAAAAAUGGGUUCUUGGAGUUAUCAUGGAUUUCAAGUUGAUAUUACUAAUAGAAGUGAAAAUGUUGAUUUAACUAAUUAUGUACCUUCUGGUGGAUUUGAUUUAGUUAAAGUACAUCAAAAAAGACGUGUUGCCACUUAUACAUGUUGCCCAGAGCCUUACCCAGAUGUUACUUUUUAUAUACAUAUCAGAAGAAAAACACUUUAUUACAUGUAUAAUGUAAUAUUUCCUUGUAUUAUGAUGUCUAUUUUAACAUUACUUGUUUUUUAUCUUCCACCGGAUUCUGGAGAAAAAGUAGCAUUAGGAAUUACAACAUUACUUGCUUUUUCUGUUUUUGUAUUAGCUAUUGCUGAACAAAUGCCUGAAACAAGUGAUUCAAUGCCAUUAAUUGCAAUAUAUUUAACACUUGUUAUGGUAAUGACUUCUAUAUCAGUUGUAAUGACAGUUAUGGUAUUAAAUCUUCAUCAUCGUGGUCCUUUUAAUAAACCAGUUGGACCUAAAGUUAAAUAUUGGAUACUUAAAAGAUUAAAAAAAUUUUUAAAUAUGCAUUUACCUAAUUUAACAUUAGCAGAACAUCAACGUGAAAGUACUAGAAAAAAGAAAAAAGAAACUUCUGGUCUUAGUAAUUUAACACCAGUAGCUUCAAUGCUUUUUCAAAAUAGCUUGUCAUUAUUGGCAGGAAAAGAUAAAUCUACAUUAGAUUAUGAAUUAUUAAAUAAUGAUAUUGAAAGAUGUAGAAAAAAUGCUGCACCAGAUAAUGAUUCUGGUGCUAGAUUAUUAACAGCUAUACAACAUUUAUUAAAAAAACAUGAAUUAGAAGAACAAUAUCAAAUUGUAGCUGGAGAAUGGAAACAAGUAGCACAAGUUAUAGAUAGACUAUUAUUUUGGGUAUUUUUAUUUGCUACUGUAAUUAUAACAUCAACACUUUUGGUAAUACUUCCUUUAAUUAAUUAUUCUUUCGAGUCAGAAGAUUUAGAUGAAUCGUUAUAUGGUUUACAUUGA